GACAUGUGUAACGCAAUAUAUAUCGUACAGGUCCAAAAUUCAUCAUCAGAAUAUCCAACUAAUGCACCCCCUAAAUAUCACGUGGAACCUACCGUUGCGCGUCCGUUUAUGGAAAGCCUGGACAAGUCUCAUCUCUCGGAACAAAGAAACUCUAGCAGAUCCCCUCGCCAUACUCGUGUGCGAAAGAUCACAAAGCACAAAGAAAUUGGAAUGCAGCGAAAGAGAAAACAAAGAGGAUAGGAGACGGAAGGGAAGAGGAAGGGAAAGAAAAAAAGUUAAAAAGCCGACGAGAAGUUCUGCUUCUCUUCUUCGGUCACAACAUACAUACGUCCGGAUACUGUUGCUGUAUUGCUAGACGAAGAUACGGGAGCGGCUGUAUUGCCAUUGCUAUAUCUACCGCGACUACUUAAUUGUUCCUCGAUUUGUUUUUCUUUCGAGCAACGUCUUGAUACGUAUAUUUCUUGAUUGGCUGGUUUGAAAGAACUCGCCAUCGAGGGAAACGAAUAAGAGAACGAGAAAAUAAGCAAGCAUGGAAGGUAGAGCUCCCGCUGGGAAUUCUAUGCAGGUUAUUGUUCUGGGAGCAAGUGGAGGCCCUUUGGAAGAUGAUUGUACCGCAUUACUAGUACGAUCAGUAUCUUUAGGGUGGAGUAAAGGGUCCGUUUUGGCUGUAGAUGCCGGAAUCCACCUCUCGGCUAUCGACCGACUUCUCCAAGACCACAAACCUUUAACAACCGAACGACCAUAUUUACUAAAAGAAGGGGUACUCGCAGACCUCAAACUUCCGUUUAAAAGUACCAGGGCAAAUGCUGCUCAUAUAGCGCGUAAUCUGGUUGGGGCUCAUCUCAUCACUCAUCCGCAUCUUGAUCAUAUCUCAGGCGGGGUAAUUAGCACCGCCAGUCCUAGUUCUAAGCCGAGAAAAAUUGCUGGAUUGGCGAGUACGAUUGAGGCACUGAAAGACCAUAUCUUUAAUGAUGUUAUCUGGCCGAAUUUGUCGGAUGAGAAUGGGGGAGUGGGAUUGGUAACUUUCACGAGGUUAAUUUCGGGGGGUUCGUCGGUUUUAGGAGAUGGUGCUACGAAAGGUUAUAUGGAGAUUGUAGAAGGACUGGCCGUUAAGUCUUGGGCUGUUAGCCACGGACCUUGCAUUGGAAACUUUCCUUAUCAACUAGGAACCAAUCACUCCAACGAAAGCAGUAGUCCUCUCACUCCACCCCAAAGAUCCGGUACCCACUCUCACCGCACCCACUACUCCCCGAUCACCAUACCCCAGAUUUCAUCAGAAGGUCUCAAUUUCAACACUGAUCCUGCCCGCGCGUACACCAGUUCUGCCUGCUUCAUUCACGACAUUGCAUCUGGUAAUGAAAUUCUCAUUUGGGGAGACGUAGAACCCGAUUCACUUUCUCUCUUCCCACGCAACAAGCAAGUAUGGCAAGACGCUGCUCCCAAAAUCGCAGCUGGAAUACUCAAGGGGAUUUUUAUCGAAUGUUCGUAUGAUGAUAGCCGACCGGAUGAUUUAUUAUUCGGACAUCUAACACCGCGCUACGUCGUUGAAGAAUUGAAAGUUCUCGCCGUCGAGACGGAGAAAUGUAGAGAGGAUCUCGCGUAUCGGAAACGUGGGACUGACCGUGCUGUGAGAGAUGCUCAUCCGACGGACAGUAGCGAUUUGUUGAGGAAAUCGUUCGUGACCAGGGAGAAAGAUAAGAAAUCUCAUCCGCCUCUGGCUACUUCGGCUAAUAGUAUUUUAUCACACCGGAGAACUUUCCGUAUAGAUGUCCUGAUGGGUGUUAAGAUUAUCCUUAUUCAUGUGAAGGAUAAGCUGGAUGAUAAAGAGGAUCCGAGGGGUAAUAUAUUGAAGGAGUUGCUGGAAUAUGAAGAGGAAUUUAAUUUUGGGUGUGAGUUUGUGGUUAGCGAGAAGGGGAUGAGUGUUUAUUUGUAGUGUGCGUUGGGUAUGGGACUGUUAUUCGGGGGACUGAAUGAGGCUGGGAGUUUGAGGGCGGGACGGUUGUUUGCUUGCUUUACGUAUGCA